AUGUCAAGUGAUAACGACUUUGAGACUGGAAACGCCGAACACGCAGGAACUUACCCAAUGCAAUGCUCUGCUUUGAGAAAGGGUGGAUACGUCGUUAUUAAGGGAAGACCAUGCAAAUUGGUCGAAAUGAGCACCUCAAAGACCGGAAAGCACGGACACGCCAAAGUCACUUACUUCGGUUAUGACAUUUUCACCGGAAAAAGACUUGAUGACGCUUGCCCAUCAACCCACAACGUCGAAGUCCCAGACGUCAAGAGAACUGAGUACCCACUCCUCGAUGUCGUCGACGGAUAUGCCCACAUUUUGCUCGAUGACGGAACCGAGAGAGCUGAUUUGAAAGUCCCAGAGGGAGAACUCGGAAACAGCAUUAAGCAACAAUUCGAGGACGGAGUUUCACUCAUCCUUGCUGUCCAGACUGCUAUGGGAGAGGAAGCCAUUAUUGAUGCUAAAGAAGCCAAAGAUAAUUAA